AUGGUGGACGGACGCAUCAACAUGUCUGGAGUGGUCGAAUUGUGUGUGUGUUUGCAGGUGUUUGACAGUCCAGAGGAGCUGAAGGCUAAAGUGGAGACACUGGCUCAGUGGAUCAGGGAGUCGCAGUAUAUGGUGGUGCAUUCAGGAGCUGGAAUCAGCACGUCGUCAGGGAUCCCAGACUUCAGAGGUCCUAAUGGAGUGUGGACGAUGGCGGAGAGAGGCGAGAUGCCUCACUUUAACACCAUGUUUGAGGACGCGUGUCCCAGUCUGACUCACAUGGCGCUGCUGCAGCUGCAGAGGACAGGACACUUCAAAUACCUCAUCAGCCAGAACGUAGACGGCCUUCACCUGCGCUCCGGCUUCCCCAGGGAUCGAUUGUCGGAGCUGCAUGGGAACAUGUUCGUUGAAGAAUGUGAGAUGUGCGGCAAGAGGCAACGGGUCGUGUGCAGGUACUGCCACUGUCACAGUGAUAAGCACUUGUUUCAGGCAAUAUGUCCCGGGGACACUGUAAUUGGAGUGAUGGGUCUGAAGCCAACCGGAUGCUACUGCGAUGUCACACGCUCAAGAGGACUCCGAUCUUGCAGAGGGAAGCUGAUCAGCACUAUAUUGGACUGGGAGGACUCACUGCCUGACAGAGACCUGAAUAGAGCCGAUGAAGCAUGUCGGCGAGCUGACUUGGCCUUGACGCUGGGUACAUCUCUUCAAAUUAAACCUAGCGGAGAUCUGCCUCUUCUAACCAAACGCACAGGAGGGAAGCUGGUUAUAGUCAACCUUCAGCCUACCAAACAUGACAAACACGCCCACCUGCUUAUCCACAGCUACGUAGAUGAGGUCAUGGGUCAACUGAUGAAGCUGCUGGGAUUGGAGGUUCCAGAGUGGGCGGGGCCAAUGCUGUGUGAAAGCUCAGGUGGAGACCUGGACAUCCUCCCAUUCGGAGCCUGGAAAAAGGAAGUGAAGAUCGAGCUGAAGAUAGAGGAAAAUAAACAUGCCGUCCCAAAGAAACGGAAGAAGAGAGAGCAGGAUGGCAAGAUAAACUGCAAGAAAGAUGUUAAAGUAGAAGAAGAGACUAAAGAAUCGGGGAAGGAAGUAGCGUUUAGUGACUCUGGACUAAUCAAAACGCAGAAGUCGUCCUGUGAGGCGCAUCCUUUAAACAGCUCCUCCCACAAUCCUACAAGUUCUGCUGUGAAUGAAAGAGUCGCAGAACCACAGACAGACACAGUCACCAUAUGCCCUGUGUUUACAUCGUCAUGAUGAUAGGCUGGACUCAGGUCUUUUAGAUUAAUUGAAGUGAUGUCAUUGGGCCAUGAGUGUGUACUAUUACAGCUAGCUAGUAGAAAAUUUAGGUCAAUAUUAUUUCUAUUUGCCAGCUGAUCUGUACAGUUAUUCUGGAUGGAGAUCUUGGUGAAUCAUGGUUUUUUGUGCUGUAAAAUAAACAUAUUGUAAUCUUU